AUGAGUGAAACGAGUAGUGUUAGCCUUGAAAAAAUCUAUAAAGCUUACGAAGACAUAGAUGCAGCAGGAAAUGAUGAAGAAUCGCUUGCCAAAGUUAAAGGGUCGUAUGAAGCUUUAAUUGCUGCAGCACAUGCUGAAAGUAACUGCAAACGACUAGCAGCACAAUUCAUUCCACGUUUUUUUGGAAAGUUUCCAGACUUUCAUGAGACUGCAAUAGACGCUUUAUUUGAUCUAUGUGAGGAUCAAGAUUUGAAUGUUCGAUUGACUGUUAUAAAACAUUUGCCUAAUGUGGUAAAAGAAUCAAAGAAGUAUUCAUUAAGAAUAACUGACGCACUUGUACAAUUACUUCAAAAUGGCAGCUCACAAGAAUUAUUAGUGGUUAAAAAGGCUAUUGAACAAGUUAUUCGUAUAGAUCCACAAGCAUCAUUGCGAUUUAUAAUUCAACAAGCAAUUGUUGGUUCAACAGAAGUUAAAAAACAUACAAUUAAUUUUUUAUCAGUAGAUUUAAACAAAUUCAAAAAUGAAUUAUUUGAUCAACAUAAAGAUUUGGAACAAUUUUUUGCAGAUGAAAUACAAAAAGUUCUUCAUGAAGCUGAAUUCUUUGAAUUGGAAAUCUUUAUUAGCAUGUUAUCUUCUUUAAAGGUUUAUGAAAAUAACAAAAGUAAAUUGCAAGAUCUAUCAAAAUCAUUGAUAAAUGCAAUUGUAACUGAGAAAGAAACAUUUGAUCCUAAUGAUGAAAAUUUUUUUCAAAAAUUUGUAUUAUGUGGGAAAACUAUCCUUAAACUUUUUGAGAAUGGUGUAUCCGGAACAGAAUUUUUAUCAUUAUUGAUAAAGAUUUUACCUUAUCAAACAUAUUCAAAACUAAAUGAGAAACAACAAAUAACUGUUUUGCACUAUUUAGCUGAAUGUGCAAGUACAAGUCUUGAUGAUGAAAUCAUGAAAGCAGCUGCCCCACUGAUUAAAGAUCUAUUUAUUAAUGAGAUACCAGCUCCACCCAAAGAGGCAAUGGCAGAAGAUCCAAAAUUAAACUUAUCUAAAGCUGAAUCUAUUGUAUACUCUUUAUAUGUUUUUGCUUCAAAGAUUCCUGAUGUUGCUGAAGGUGAACAAAUUAAUUCGCGAUCCAUCGAGUCAGAUGUGACAACAUUGCCAACAAGAAAUAAAAUACAAAAAACAUCUCGAGAUAAACCUAAUAUACAGCCUCAAAAUUCCAAAACAUCACACAUUAUCCGUCAACCUAAUAAAAUGAGUCCUAAACAUGGUGGAUCAAGUGGUAAUAUGAGGAACAGUGGUGGUAGUGGUAGUGCAAGGCCUCUUAAGAUUGAUCGAAAUAGUAAUAAAGAAAGGCAUAUAUAUGUUCCUCCACCACGUAGAGGCACAUAA